AUGGCCGCGGACCGUCUGAGCUCGCUGCUGAGCCACCUCAAGCCCGGUGCUAACACCGGACUGAACGCCAUCACCCAGAAGAACCCUGAUGAUGUCGUGAUUACCCUGUCUCUGCGCACGCCCCUGACUAAGGCCCGCAAGGGUGGUUUCAAGGAUACCGAGCUGGAUUACAUGGUCUACGCUCUGCUGAAGGAGACCCUGGCCCGUUCUAAGAUCGACCCCGCCCUGGUCGAGGAUGUGUGCCUGGGAAAUGUCGGCGAAGGCAAAGCCGCCUACAUGGUCCGCGCCGCCGCCCUGGCCGCUGGCAUCCCGCACACCGCAGGUGCCUCAUCCGUCAACCGCUUCUGCUCUUCCGGCCUGAAGGCCGUGCAGGAUAUCGCGAACCAAAUCUCGCUCGGUGCCAUCGAUGUCGGUAUCGCGCUUGGCGCGGAGCUGAUGUCCGCUGCUGGCGACCGUCUCGAGAAGCCGUUCAACGAGGAGGUUCUGCGGAACCAGGAGUCGGCGGACUGCAUGCAGCCCAUGGGUCAGACUUCCGAGAACGUCGGUAAGGACUUUGGUAUCUCGCGUGAGCAGCAGGAUCGCUAUGCUGCUGAGUCUUUCCGUCGUGCGGAGGCGGCGCAGAAGGCGGGCUGGUUUGAUGAUGAGAUUGCGCCUAUCUCGGUUAAGGUCAAGGAUCCUAAGACUGGGGAGGUCCACCAGGUUACUCUGAACCGCGAUGAUGGUGUUCGUUAUGGAACUACUUAUGAGUCGCUGGCUAAGAUUCGCCCUGCUUUCCCUCAGUUUGGUGAUAAGUCUACCGGUGGUAACUCCAGCCAGGUUACUGAUGGCGCUGCCUCCGUUCUCCUGAUGCGCCGCUCCAAGGCCAUCGAGCUCAACCAGCCCAUCCUGGCCAAGUUCUGCGGUGCCACCGUUGCUGGUGUCCCGCCCCGCGUCAUGGGAAUUGGACCCACUGCCGCCAUCCCCAAGCUGUUGAACAAGUUCCAGCUUGACAAGAAUGAUAUUGAUAUCUACGAGAUUAACGAGGCUUUUGCCUCCAUGGCUGUUUACUGUGUUAACACCCUUGGCUUGGACCAUGCGAAGGUCAACCCGCGCGGUGGUGCUAUUGCUAUUGGCCAUCCGCUAGGUGCUACUGGUGCCCGCCAGAUUGCUACCAUUCUGAGCGAGGCUCGCCGGACGAAGAAGAAGGUUCUCGUUACUAGCAUGUGCAUUGGUACUGGUCAGGGCAUGGCUGGUCUCUUUGUCAACGAACAGCUGUAA